AUGAGAAAUUGUCCAAUAGCUUGGGCAGGACAAUAUUCUGGUCGUAGUGGAAAGCCAACAAUUAUUCUAGAAGCUAUAGCCGAUUAUGAUCUGUGGAUUUGGCAUGCAUAUUUUGGGUUGCCAGGAUCGAACAAUGAUAUUAAUGUACUUGAGUAUUCUCAUCUUUUUGCUAAUCUUGCUGCAGGUAUUACAAUUCCUGCUCGUUAUGUCAUUCAAGGAAAAGAGUACAAUAUGUGUUACUAUUUAGUUGAUGGUAUAUAUCCAAAAUGGUCAACACUUGUUCAAACGAUUCAUGCUCCACAAGGUCGAAAGAAUAAAUUAUUUGCAAUGAAGCAAGAAGUGUGUAGAAAGGAUGUUGAGCGAGCAUUUGACGUGCUCCAAUCACGCUUUGCAAUUGUUGCAGGACCUUCACGUUUUUGGCAGAAAAAUAUUUUACAUGAUAUACUGACAUCAUGUAUUAUUAUGCAUAAUAUGAUAAUUGAAGAUGAACAUGAUUUAAAUGCACCAAUCGUGGAACACUUUGAGGUGUCGACUCCAGAUGUUGAGCCCGCAAUAGAUGAUGGUACUCGAUUUGAAGAGUUUCUAGCUCGAUACAGACAAAUCAAAGACAAAGAAGUUCAUAUUGCCCUUCGAAAUGCAUUAAUUGAGCAUUUAUAG